CACCAGCCGUACUCUCGUCGGCAACUGAAAUGGCUGUGAACCUUAUGGAAGUCCUGCGGGAUAAGCUCCUCAGGGCACGCUGGAUGGAGGGCUGGAUGCAAGACAACGGCAUCAACAAGGCCUCGAAAAUGGGGCUCAUCGUAGGCUAUCCCAAGGAUGCCGACACAAUAGCUCAAAUGGAAGCAUUCUACGCCGACUUUCCGGACGUUGGAGCGGAAUUCUUCUCCCCAUGGUUGGAAUCGCACCGUGUGAUAAAACAGCGCCUCUUCCGAAAAGACACGGUGAACUUCUCGACGGGUGAAGCGAACGCCUUCUAUCAGCCGAUUACGAACACAAUGACCAUCGAAGCUGGCAUCGUACAGCCACCGCUGUUCUUUGAGCACGGAACGGCCGCCUUGAGCUAUGGGGGCCUCGGUCAGGUAGUUGGUCACGAGAUGAUGCAUGGAUACGACGUGAAUGGCAUACAACUGGACGCCCUUGGCAGCCGCAUUCUCGAUACCAACAGCCUGUCGGCACAGCAGUACCAGCUAAGGGUGCUCUGCCUUCGUCAGACCUACAAGCAGGCGGAAUCGGAGAGGGCCAUGGUUCUUGUCGACGACCAGGUCGACUCUGAAGGCUUCGCGGACUUCACGGGCCUCCAACUGGCGUAUGCGGCGUACAGGCGUCUUAAGCCUCGUGAGCGCCUAGCCGUUGUACCGGACGUGGGGCUCACCGCGGAGCAGACAUUCUUCGUGGCGCACUGCCUCAAGUGGUGCGACCUGAUUGCCAGGAGGCGGCCCACGAGCCGCUACUGGCCCGGCCGCUCUCGCUGCAUUGUGCCGCUGCGAAACAUGCCCGAAUUUGCAGCCGCGUUCUCUUGCUCCCAGGGCUCGCCCAUGAACCCCAAAUCGAAAUGCUCGUUCUGGGAGUAGCUAAAGGUGUUUGUAAAGCGGACACUGCUGUGCCGAGUCGUAUGUUUAAACUGCGAACUCAGUGUGGCAGAUUGUAACUAGUAUAUUGAAACGUAGAUGUUAUUGAGGUGUUGGAUUUCAUGACUUGUAUGGAAUAAGACAGGCGAAUGUUGGACAUCGCAAAACGAAAUAGCUUCGGACGCAUACGUGCAUAUUAAUUAGAAAAUAUAGGCUGCGUAUUG